CACUUUAUCUGUGCAUUCCAUUUCUAAAGACAAACAAGAGAGCUGCUAGACUUGAGUUACCCCCAACAAAAAGAAAAUCCGUUCUCUUUUUUAUCACUAUCCCAAACGUUGUUACCUUUAAGCUCUCUGGCCUCCUCUUCUUCUAAGAGAAUGAGGAGCUUGUGAAAUAGAUUGAAGAAUCAAAGUUAGAUAUUUAAGGGCAUAAUGUGGUUGUUUCCAUCGAAUUCGAGUUUGAAAAGGGGGCAGAGUAGCAGGGGAAGCAAUGGCUCUUUGGUGUAUCUCAAUGUAUAUGAUCUCACACCUUUAAAUAACUAUCUUUACUGGUUCGGGCUUGGGGUUUUCCACUCGGGUAUUGAAGUAUAUGGUUUGGAGUAUGGCUUUGGAGCACAUGAGUACCCUACAAGUGGAGUGUUUGAGGUGGAACCAAGAAGUUGUCCUGGUUUCAUCUUCAGACGAUCAGUAUUAUUGGGCAGCACUAACAUGUCUUGUUCAGAAUUUCAGUUAUUUAUGGAACAGCUUUCGCAAAAAUACCAUGGGGACACGUAUCAUUUGAUUGCUAAGAAUUGCAACCAUUUCACUGAUGAAGUGUGCCUGCAACUCACUGGAAAACGUAUUCCUGGGUGGGUAAACAGGCUGGCUAGACUAGUUUCAGGUUCAUUUUGUAACUGUCUGCUUCCGGAAAACAUUCAGGUUAAUGCAGUUCGACAUCUUCCUGAUCAUCGUGCAUAUUCUGAUAAUUUUUCUGAUGCAGAUGAUGAGAUAUUAGAUUCUGCUGCAACAUCUAUAACAGCAGAGAGCGAGGAAGACAAUUCGAAUCAUCAUCUGCUGACUAUACCAGAUACUGAUGUUGCAUUUAUCAGAGAAAAGACAGGGAGGCUUACCAGAGAACUAUGAUUUCCUCCGGACUGUAAUCGUUUCUUUCGUGUGGGUCAUUAUGUCGGCCAGGCUUAAAUAUCUCCUUCGCUAUCGCAUGAAGGUCUAGAUUUGUUACCAUAUAACCCUUAAAACAUGGGUGAUCAGAUUCUGUACCAUUAGAUGUCUUUCCUUCAUCUUUUUUUUCAGAAAAAUAUUGUGUUCUGGCUUUUUUCCAUUUAUAU